AUGAUACCUGAUAAGGAGAGGGAGGGUGAUGAGAAUGAUAAGUCUCAGGAGGGUGAUGAGGAGUUGUUGUGGGCAACUAAAAUUGCAGCAAUUUGCUGCCAGUUUUGUAGCAGAAAAUCGAUCUCCGGAGGGUUUUCUUCAGGAGGGGUGCAACCGUGGCGGAGAAGGAAGAAGAACAAAGGUGAAACGAGCAGCGAUGAAAUAGUCAGAAAGAGGAAGCUUAGUGAAGAACAAGUUAAUCUUCUUGAACGGAGUUUUGGGGACGCGCACAAACUAGAUAUGGAGACCAAGGCCAAGCUUGCUUCUGAGCUUGGCCUUGACCUUCAACAAGUCGCGGUGUGGUUCCAAAAUAGGAGGGCUAGAUGGAAGAAAAAGAAAAUCGAGGACGAAUAUUCCAAGUUGAAGUCUCAACAUGAGAUUACCAUUGUUGAGAAAUGCCGUCUUGAAACUCAGAUUUUGAAGAUGAAAGAGCAAUUGAGUGAAGCAAAAAAGGAGAUACAAAGGCUAUUAUUGGGAAGUAAUUGUGCUAGGGUUUCAAGCAAUAAUAAUAGCCCAAUUACUACUUCUUCAUCAAUAUUUUCAAUGGAGCAGCCACAUUUUUUGGAGGAUUUUGGAAUGGAGGGAAUAUUAAUGGAUAACAAUGUAUUCUUUGGUUACUGA